CGCGCUAUAUAUCCGUCGCAUUGCAACCUAACGCUACGUCGUGUGCGCGAGUAGUAGUGCUGUGCUGUGUGCCUGUGUGGCUGUGUGCUCAUCUCGAUCUACAUAUCGUGUCCACGCACGCAGGAGGAGAGCGGGCGGUCCACGACGACGUGCAGCGCGCGGCGGCCAUGGAGGGCCACUACUCGCCCACGGCCGCCCCCGAGGUGAGCGGCGAGCGGCGGUUCCGCGGCGUGCGGCAGCGGCCGUGGGGCAAGUGGGCGGCUGAGAUCCGGGACCCGCACAAAGCGGCCCGCGUCUGGCUCGGCACGUUCGAGACCGCCGAGGCCGCGGCGCGUGCCUACGACGAGGCCGCGCUCCGCUUCCGCGGCAGCCGCGCCAAGCUUAACUUCCCCGAGGACGCGCGCCUCACCACGCCGUCGUCCGCCGCGGCCACGGCCGCCACCGCGGCGGCGGGAUCCACGAGGACGAUGGCCGUGGCCUCCACGGGAGGGUACCCGGCCAGCGCCGCCUCUGCUGACUACCUGCAGUACCAGAUGUUUCUGCAGGGUCCGCAGGGAGCCACCAGCGGCAGUCAUGGAGGGGGGUAUCCUCUGUACUACGACUAUGGCGGCCACAGCGGGGUUGGCGAUGGUUCCGUGAGCAGUUCUUCGGGCUCCUACUCUUUUCCGGCCUCCACGGUUACCGUGGCUUCUGUGCCCUCCUCUGCUCCGAGCUACGACGAGGCAGCGCAGUGGACAAGCUGGCCGGAGAGUAGUGCUAGUGCGUGGAGCUAUCCGGCGACCACGGGUUCUUGGUCUGCUUCAAGCCAGUAUCCACCGUCAACUCGUCCACCUCAGUAGUCCAUGCUCAAUGUUUUAUUUCAUAACACGUUCGUGGCCUCCCUAAGAAGACAUAUAGAUUGAUGAUUUUGUUCAAGAUGCAUGCUUCCGUGCAAGAUCCAAUAGAAGGUUGCAAUAUUGUGUUUCUUCUUCGCUUGGUGGUGUUGAAUCCUGUAUUUGAUCAUGGGAUAAUGAUUUUGGUUGCAACUUCAUCGAA